AUGCUUCAAAGGUGUCGCACCUUCAUGUUUGAUUGUGAUGGUAUCCUCAGUCACAUUUAACACUUUUCCCGUCAGGCACACUAUGGACUCCGUCUGGUCUAAUACCGGGAGCGGCCGAUUUGGUUGGCUACUUGAAAAAGACUGGGAGACAAUGCCUCUUGAUCACAAACAAUAGUUCAAAAUCAGUCGAGCGUAAUUAUGAAGUGUGCUGCAAGUUGGGCUUGCCCGUCGACAAGGUAGAUGGUAUUCUUUAAUUACUGUCGGUAGUCAGAUAUUAUAUGCACAGCCAAUGUUGCUGCAUAUUAUUUUUCAAAAAAGGGUAUUCGCGGGCCCGUUUACGUAAUAGGGCGAGAAGGUCUUGCCCACGAAUUCGACAAAGUCGGAAUUUCGUAUUUCGGUAUUGGCGUAAGUGGUUUAUUUCGCAUAUACUUGUUUAUUUUUUGUAGGAGGAGCCAACAAAGGUUAAAGAAUUUGACCCGUCAACUUUGGACCAUCGAGUAAGUUAAUGCGCGUUUUCUCCAGCUCGGCAGACACAAGCUGUUUUAGUGGGAUACGAUCCUUUUUUUAACUACGUUAAGCUGAUGAAAGCAGCCACUCUUAUUGCUAGAGGAUGCCAGUUUUGCGCUACCAACGAGGAUGCCCAACUGCCAGCAUUCGGUUACGUGUGUCCAGGUAACGGUCAUCCACACUCAACGCUCUGCCCCUUGUCGCAUUUACACAAAACUACUCGACAACCCCUUUAUGUUUGUAAAUUAGCGUACGCAUUCGACUUUUUAAAAAAGCGACGACAUUUUUUCUCAUGCAGUAUCUAUACUUCAAAAGACGGUGGUUCCGUUUGAUGUAGAAAGUGUCUGCACAUCGAUACUCAAAUUUGACUUUACUCGGUGAAACAAGGCAGUUUGUCUGAACUACGCCAUGUACAUCUUGGAGUCGAUCGUUGUAGAUACACUGAAAACUAGUUGUGAUGUUUUUGGGAAAUUUUGCGUAUAAUUUCCAGUCCCCUUUAAUUCAUUGUCUUAAUUAUAAAAUUAACUAUAAACACAUGUGCCGCCCUCAAGCCUACUUGGAUCAUUUUGCUAUUGAUAGUAAUUCUGACCUCAGUAGCCUCCACCUGUAUGAGCUUCACUUUCCAAACUUAUUAGGGGAAGUACAUUCAGGUAGCCAAGACCAAGAUCAAACGCACGUCAGUGUUCCUCUAGUGAGAUCUCAGACAACGCUUUAUAUCCUAAGCUUCUAUCCAGGGACGUUGUGAGAAUGCAGAUCAUCAAUAUUGAUUAAGACAAUUGCACUACCACCAUCAUCAGCAAGUCUUUGCCGGUAACCCUGGUGCUUUUGGGAAAACAGAGCAGAAUACAGGCGUGUACCAUUAUGAAACCUAUUUACUUUGUAAAAGUGUUUGUCAAGAAUGGACGUAUUUGAUAGUGUGUCCAGUUUCUGUGUAAGGCUUCACACUUCUAGUGCCGACCUUGCCAGUGUCCUCUCGGUCUCCGAAUGAGGUUUUUACAUUCACUGUCUAAGUCAGUUAGUGUAAAUAACGGAAGUCGAGACCUAAUACAUGUUUGGGUGUCGUUUUAAGUCGGAAUACCGCCCGGUUAAUGGAAUAUCUCCCACCUUUCUUUUGGCGUGACGGUUUGUUAAUCCUGACACCACCGCUUCCUAUUUUGAAUCUUUACAUAACGUUUACAUGUCGACUUAUCCACUACCUUCGAUUUUAGGCACUGGCUCAUUGGUUGCUGCAGUCCGCGUUGCAUCUGGCAAAGAACCGGUAAUUUUUGGGAAGCCUAACAAGACCAUUUUCGACUUCAUUGUUGAGACUCGAAACAUAACUCCCGAGCAAACUAUCAUGAUUGGGGACCGGUAAGCCCGUAACUAUUAUUUUAAACUCAUAUACUGAAAUCUGUUCACGUUGUGUGAUCGAAGUUCAGUAACUCAAUCGUAACCGAACAAGUGUAGAGCUGCAGAGCGCUAGCAGUCUGUUCUUCUCCACUCUAAAUGCUAUCAAGCAUCAAGGAUACUUAAGUGAUUAAGGAUUUCAGCUAGUUAAACUAUUUACCGGACACGAUUGUCAAUAUUCGACGAAGUUCAUGUUGAGCGAUGUAACAUUUGAUUCUCCUUCAUCCACUGUGUACUGUAAUACCCACUUUGGUGCGUUAGAACUUUCCACUCUUCCAAAUUUUUCUUUUGGUCGUUACCCUCACCUGUGUGCUCUCCCAACGUAAGUUAAGCUAUUUUCAUGGCUAGGGUGCUGAACUAGACAUUUACUUCCGAGUCUAGCGCUACUUUUAGCAAAAACAAUGAGUACAGCUUAUCUCCCAAAUGUCUGGCACGUGCCCCUUUCCUGUGACCGGCAAACUCUCUCGAAACUUUUAUACAACCUAGUUCUGUGUUCUAUCGGACUUCCAGCACGUCCAUGCAUUCAGUUAUUGUGGCCACAUGGGCAGAUCGCGAUGCAAACGCAUGAUAUGCCUUAAGAGUGGUGGCUAAUCGAUGCGACACUUCUUUAUUUAAAAAAGCAUCUUCCCUGAGCAACAGUUCUGCGUUGCGCGGAUGUUUCAUAUCGGAUUGAAAGCAUUAGCAGUGGACGUCCUACUGGCUAACUACUAAACUUGUAUUUGCCGGUUUAUUUAAUUGCAUCUGUCAACGAAGAUAACCUCAUACCGUGGUCCGUGGACGGGUUAGGACUCGCGUCCACAUGUGCAACUCAUUUACUGAAGUUUGGGGGUUCGACCCGUCGUCCCAACUGAGGACAUAGAUCGAACAGCUUUCUGGUAGAUGUAGCUCUAAAUAAUUGUUGAACAACACCCUCAGAUUCUGUCCCGUUUUGCAUCUGCGUCUUGUGCCUCCAAACCAAAACGUCCCUGUGUGCAUGAUUGAGCCCUAAGGUAUACGAGUAACUGACUUCGCCGACUCCUCGUCCUGUGUAACUGUCAUCUUUUCAACGGCCCAAUAGAUACUCCACCUGCUUCGUCGUCGUUCUAGUUCUCACAGCAGUAGAUCAAAUCUUCAUCCGGCUAGUAGUACUUUUACUAGGUUUUUGAAGCGCACAAAGUGCAGCCCUUUACAAAGCGCGACCUGGUUAUAUGUCCUACAAGAGGUAACGUCACUGGCAUCGUGAAAACUGUAUACGUUUACGCUUUUUUGUUUCUCAACUCUGCGCAGACUCGACACAGAUAUCCUCUUCGCCAAUAAUUUCGGCCUACACUCCGCCGCCGUGAUGACUGGGGUGACAGAUGACGAGACGCUGGACAAAGCCCGCCGUGCCCAAGGCAAGGAACGCCUCCUGCCCGACAUCGUUUACCCCUCUGUAAUGGACCUUUAUAAGCAACUGGUGGAUUUGGACAAGAACCUCUACUAG